AUGUCAUCUGAUGCUUGUAGUCAGGUGACAGAAACAGCAGAAAAAAUUAAGUUUGGAGAAUUAAUUGUGCUGGGCUACAAUGGUCACUUAAUUUCUGGUGAUAAAGGAAGGAGGAGAAGCAAAUAUAUUUUAUGGAAACGGGAAAAGGCAAAUGGAGUCAAGCCUUCACAACGACACCUGGUCACUAAUCCUCAGGCCUCCAAGGCUGUACAGGAUCAAUCCCAGCACUCAGUAUCCUACACAUUGUCCAGAAACAAAGCUAUCAUUGUAGAGUACUUAAAAGAUGAGGACACUGAUAUGUUCCAGAUUGGAAGAUCCAUGGAAGGUCCUAUUGAUUUUGUGGUAAUGGACACAGUUCCAGGUCACCUGCGCAAUCAGCGUGACACAGCGCCACAGAGCACCAUUUCCAGGUUUGCCUGCCGCAUUCUUGUGGACAGGUCGCCACCUUACACAGCUAGAAUAUAUGCAGCGGGUUUUGACUCUGGCAGGAAUAUAUUUCUCGGGGAAAAAGCCGUGAAGUGGUACUCUGAUGACAAUGUUGACGGACUGACAACCAAUGGAGUGUUCAUUAUGCAACCUCAGGGAGGAUUUACUCCAGCAGGCAAGCCAGGUCCAUGGAGGGAAGUGUCUGUUGGGGGCGGCUUGUUUUCUUUAAGGGAUUCUAGACCAUCUCCACUUAAAAGUCAUCAGAUGACAGAGGAGGACAAUGUCCUGAGAGAUGGGACACUCAUUGAUCUCUGUGGAGCCACAAUUGUGUGGAGAUCAGCUCUUGGUUUAAUCUCCUCACCGAGCGAAAAUGAGUUUCAGCAGCUAGUUGGACGAUUGAAUGCUGGCCGCCCUCAGUGCCCUGUUGGGCUGAACACCCUGGUUUUACCAACGAGAGGAUCAUUGAACCUUCGUGAUCGUCAGCCCUAUGUGUAUCUACCUUGUGGUCAUGUUCAUGGUAACCACGAGUGGGGAGAAACUGACACUAAUAUUCGGAAGUGCCCACUGUGUUUAAUGGAUGGAUCAUUCAUCAAGCUGCAAAUGGGAUGUGAGUUGAGCUUAUACGUUGAUUCUGAACAGCCAACAUAUUGUUUCUCUCCUUGUGGUCAUAUGGUUUCUGAAUGCACAGCAAAAUUCUGGUCAAGAAUAGCAGUGCCACAUGGUUCUCAUGGGUUUCAAACCAUUUGCCCAUUCUGUGCAACACCACUGUUAGAGUCCAGACCUUUUGUGAAACUGAUAUUUCAGGACAACACAGAUUUACCUGUCACAUGA